CACUUCGAAAGUUCGAAGUGAGCUUUAUCCCCAUCAAUUCAAUGGAGGUUCUUCUAAACUCUGCUAAUGCUAAUAAUAAUAAUGGGGAUUUCUUCAAUUUCUCGUCUAAUUCGAACAGAAGGAGACUCACCAACAAGAGAAACCAGCAUCGAUUCAAAUUGCCCAUCUCCAAAUUCCAGUACUCAAUUCUCCGAGUCUCGGCUCGUUUUGGAGAGACCUCGAGGCGACGCAAUUCUCUGAGGAAGAAGAUCAUCGGUGAUGAGAAUUGGCGUUCGACUCCGAACCCCACAGGUACGAAACCUCGUGACGAAAGCCAUAAGUUCGAUUUUAGUAGCACCGAGGAGGGAUUGAAGAAAGAUAGGGAUUCGAAUUUGGUGAAUGAGCUUGAAGAUACUAUUAGGUCUAACAAGGAAACAGAGUAUUGGGGGAUUGGUUCGAAUCCCAUUUUCACUGUCCAUCAGGAUUCUUUUGGAAACGUGGUCAGGGUUGAGGUUGAUGAAAACGAGGUCUUGAGUAGAACAAGAUUAGGAGGUCUCGAGGAUUUGGAAUCAGUAGUGACUUCUACUUCUAGGGUUCUUCUAUAUGCCAAGAAAUUAGCUGAACAAAUGGAGAAUGGGGAAACUGUGAUCCUUAAAGAUACUUCUCUUGUCAAGUUCGUUUCUUCUUCUUCUUCUUCAGAAGAGUUUCGUUUCGUUAGCUCAAUCCAAAACGCUAUUCUUCGUCUUGACUUAGUUCCAAAGUUGCCGGCUAUUGGAAGAGCUGUUUUGUGUGGUUACAUUGGACUCUGGUUUCUGAAGACGGUGCUUGUGUUUAACAAGAAGAGUCAUGAGGUUGAUGAGUGUACAGAGUUGGACAAGGAGAUGAUGAGGAGAAAGAUGAAAGCUUGGAAGGAAAAGGAAAGGGUGGAGAAGAAAGGUGCUACUGUGGAGGUUUUACACAAGGGUUUGGAAAAGCCAUCAUUGGUUUCGUUUGAGAAGCCUCCUAAGUUUGAUCGGAAAGAACUUUUGAGUAGCAUAUCUAAAGUAAAGGGUGCAGAGAAGAAAUUGGAACUCUUGAAUUCUUUUCAGGUUGAGAGUGGUGAAUCCUUGGACUUUGAUAGUAAUAAGAUCCAUGAAAUCAAAGCUAUGGCUAGACGGGCGCGGGAGAUAGAAGCUGGCAUACAACUUAAUCAAAAGGAGAAAUGCGAUGCGAACAAAGAAAUGGACGACGAUGAUGAAGGUUUGACACACAGUGAAGGUGAUGAUGAUAAUAAAGAUGAGAGCUUGGGGACUUCGACUGAAACUGAAAACACUGAACUUUCUGGUUUUGCUAUUCCAAUGGUGAAUGGGGCUUUGAUAGGUUCUGGUUUUCCGAAUCAUCAAAUGGCAGCAUCUGAAGCAGAAAAGUUGAGUACUGUGGUACCACUAGUUCCUACCAACGGAGUCAUCCAAUCUCCUGAUGUUUCUAAGGACAAGUUAAGUAUGAAGAAAAAUAGCACUGGUCGUAAGCUACGGGUCAUACGGUCUGUAAAAGAGGCUAAAGAGUUCCUUUCAAGAAGAAGUGGUGAGAAAGAGCUUACUCAGGAUCUGUCUCAGACGAUAGCCCAAGACAGUGUUGAAAUCUUCUCAAAGCUGAGCGAUGAAGAGCGUGGUAAGGCUAGAAAACACGAAUUGGUUGACAAUAAUAAAAUCCUUGGUGCAGCUGUCAAUGGAGACUUGAGAUCUGCACUUGAGUCUACUUCUUCUGAACCGUUGGGGAAGGAUGUUGAUUCUCAACCCCUAAAGAAUGAUUACCGAAGACUCUCAGAACCUGGGAAUGCAGAUAAGGGAUCGAGCAAGCAAAGAGAUUUUAUAAAUGAAAUAGAAGAGUGCAAAACAAGUUUUUCCAAAUCAGCCAAAAGUUCUUCUGGUGGUACUGAACAUAUAGAGAAGGAAGAACCAUCAGAGAAGGGGAAUUGGAUAGAAAAAAACUACCAUGAAUUUAAGCCAGUUGUUGAAAAAAUGAGAGCAGGAUUUAGGGAUAAUUAUAUGGCUGCAAGAGAGGGUGAAACUCAGGAGCCAGGUACGAUUGCUGAAAUUGCAGAACUUUACCGCAGUGAGUAUAAUGAUGAGCUUGAGUGGAUGAAGGACGAAAAGCUAAGAGACAUUGUCUUCCUUGUUCGAGAUAAUGAGCUGGCUGGUAGGGAUCCGUUUCACCUGAUUGAUGCUGAAGACAAAGCUAUGUUUUUGCAAGGCUUGGAGAAGAAAGUUGAGAAAGAAAAUGAGAAACUGUCUCAUCUGCAUCAGUGGAUUCAUUCAAACGUUGAAAACCUGGACUACGGAGUAGAUGGCAUCAGUGUGUAUGAUCCACCAGAAAAAAUCAUACCGAGAUGGAAAGGGCCUUCUCUUGACAAGAACCCGGAGUUUCUCAAUAACUAUCAUGAACAGCGUGAAGCAUUGUUUUCUGGAAAAGCUGCUUCUGUAUCUCCUGUGAAAUUAGAAGAACAGAGCUCUCAUCAGGAAUUAUCACAGUCUGCUUCCUCUGAGAACACUCUCACCCCUUCAUCUGAAAUUACCUCAAGCCAGCCAAAGAUUGUUGUAGAAGGAAGUGAUGGAUCUGUUAGACCUGGGAAAAAAUCAGGAAAGGAGUAUUGGCAGCACACGAAGAAAUGGUCUCGUGGGUUCCUCGAAUUGUACAAUGCAGAGACUGAUCCAGAAGUGAAAGCGGUUAUGAGAGACAUGGGAAAAGACUUGGACCGGUGGAUUACAGAAGAUGAAAUCAAAGACGCAACUGAUAUAAUGGAAAAGCUGCCAGAGAGGAACAAGAAGUUCAUGGAAAAGAAACUGAACAAACUCAAGAGAGAGAUGGAGUUGUUUGGUCCUCAAGCUGUUGUGAGCAAAUACCGCGAGUAUGGAGAAGACAAAGAAGAAGAUUAUCUAUGGUGGUUGGACCUUCCGCAUGUACUGUGCCUUGAGUUGUACACAGUUGAUGCCAAAGGAGAGCAGCAAGUAGGGUUCUACACAUUGGAGAUGGCAACAGAUCUCGAGUUAGAACCCAAACCACAUCACGUGAUUGCUUUCGAGAACGCUGCGGACUGUCGGAACCUCUGUUACAUUAUUCAAUCUCAUUUGGAUAUGCUACGAAGUGGAAACGUUUUCAUUGUUCCGCGCCCGCCAAAGGAUGCAUUUAGAGAAGCCAAGGCGAACGGGUUUGGUGUAACUGUAAUUAGGAAAGGAGAGUUGAAGUUGAAUAUAGACGAGCCACUAGAAGAAGUAGAGGAAAAAAUAUGUGAGAUAGGAAGCAAGAUGUACCAUGAUAAAAUAAUGGGAGAUCGAUCUGUGGAUAUAAGCUCGUUGAUGAAAGGUGUCUUUAACCUCAAGUCAAAAAAGAAGAAAACGAUCCAAGCGGGCUCUUGAAGAUUCUAACAAGAAAAGUAGCUGAGGCACCAAGCCACAACAAAAGGUCUAAGCAACAGAAGAGAGAUUGUAGGCAAACUUAAAAAUGAAUUAAGGCCAUGUUCGUUAAGUCUCUGUAUAUUGUUUUGAAGAAAGGAUCUAAAGCUCUGUUUUUGUCAGUUUUCAA